CAGCGGGACUAGCGGGCACCCGGCCGGCCGCCAUGGCCCUCAGCGCAGCUCCGGGCUGCCGCGCCGGGGAGCGGGGGCCCCGCUGGAGGAGGCCCUGGAAGCUCCUGGCCCUUGGCCUGCUCUCCGCCUCCUCCGUGCUGGCGGCCGCCCCGGGCGCCGGGGCCAUGAGCAGGGAGGAGAAGCGCCGGCUGGGAAAUCAAGUGCUUGAAAUGUUUGAUCAUGCAUAUAGCAAUUAUAUGGAGCAUGCGUAUCCAGCUGAUGAACUCAUGCCUUUAACUUGUCGUGGACGAGUGCGGGGUCAGGAGCCAAGUCGAGGGGAUGUGGAUGAUGCCUUGGGAAAGUUUUCACUGACCUUAAUUGAUACCUUGGACACUCUUGUGGUGUUAAAUAAAACCAAAGAGUUUGAAGAGGCUGUAAAAAAAGUAAUAAAGGAUGUUAAUUUAGAUAAUGACAUAGUUGUGUCUGUCUUUGAAACCAACAUAAGAGUCCUUGGAGGUCUCCUAGGUGGGCACUCAGUGGCAAUUAUGCUGAAGGAAAAAGGUGAAUAUAUGCAGUGGUACAAUGGUGAACUCCUGCACAUGGCCAAGGAACUGGGCUACAAGCUUUUACCUGCUUUUAACACCACUAGUGGUCUCCCUUAUCCAAGAGUUAACUUAAAAUUUGGUGUAAGACAUCCAGAAGCACGAACAGGAACAGAAACUGAUACCUGUACAGCUUGUGCUGGUACCUUGAUCCUUGAGUUUGCAGCUUUAAGCAGAUUCACAGGAACAUCUAUAUUUGAGGAAUAUGCCCGGAAGGCGCUGGAUUUUAUCUGGGAGAAGAGGCAGCGCAGCAGCAACUUAGUGGGGGUCACCAUCAACAUCCACACCGGGGACUGGGUCCGCAAAGACAGUGGAGUUGGAGCAGGAAUAGAUUCAUACUAUGAAUAUUUAUUAAAAGCCUAUGUCUUGCUGGGAGAUGACAGUUUCCUGGAAAGAUUUAACACGCACUAUGAUGCCAUAAUGAGAUACAUCAGCCAGCCACCUCUUCUCCUUGAUGUUCACAUUCACAAACCAAUGCUAAAUGCUCGGACCUGGAUGGAUUCUCUGCUUGCUUUCUUCCCUGGAUUGCAGGUGUUGAAGGGUGAUAUUAGACCUGCUAUUGAAACACAUGAGAUGCUGUAUCAGGUUAUAAAAAAGCAUAACUUCCUUCCAGAGGCAUUCACAACAGACUUCAGAGUUCACUGGGCUCAGCAUCCUCUGAGGCCUGAAUUUGCUGAAAGCACCUACUUCUUAUAUAAGGCUACAGGAGACCCUUACUACCUAGAAGUAGGAAAAACCCUCAUUGAAAACUUGAACAAGUAUGCCAGAGUUCCCUGUGGGUUUGCUGCAAUGAAGGAUGUUCGUACAGGAAGUCACGAAGACAGGAUGGACUCAUUUUUCCUGGCUGAGAUGUUUAAAUAUCUGUACCUGCUGUUUGCUGAUAAGGAGGACAUGAUUUUUGACAUUGAAGAUUAUAUCUUCACCACAGAAGCUCAUCUGUUGCCACUCUGGCUCUCCACAACAAACCAAACCAUCUCUAAAAAAAAUACAAGCACAGAGUACACAGAGCUGGAUGACAGCAACUUUGACUGGACCUGUCCGAACACGCAGAUCCUCUUUCCAAAUGACCCCAUGUUUGCCCAGAGCAUCCGCGAGCCUCUGAAGAACGUGGUGGAUAAGAGCUGUCCCCGGGGCAUUUCCAGAGCAGAGGAGAGUUUGGGAAGUGGACCAAAACCACCACUGAGAGCCAGAGACUUCAUGGCCAGUAAUCCUGAGCACCUGGAGAUCCUGAAGAAGAUGGGAGUCAGUUUGAUCCACCUGAAAGAUGGACGAGUACAGCUAGUGCAGCAUGCAGUGCAAGCAGCAAGUUCCCUGGAUGCUGAGGAUGGCUUACGGUUCAUGCAGGAAAUGAUUGAGCUCUCCAGCCAGCAGCAGAAGGAGCAGCAGCUCCCUCCUCGAGCUGUCCAGAUUGUUUCCCAUCCCUUCUUUGGCAGGGUGGUCUUGACUGCUGGGCCAGCACAGUUUGGGAUGGACUUGUCCAAGCACAAAGCAGGGACAAGAGGAUUCGUUGCAACCAUUAAGCCAUAUAAUGGAUGCUCAGAGAUCACUAAUCCUGAGGCAGUGAAAGAGAAAAUUGCUUUGAUGCAGAGAGGCCAGUGCAUGUUUGCUGAAAAGGCACGAAACAUUCAGAAAGCUGGAGCAAUAGGAGGCAUUGUCAUUGAUGACAACGAGGGCAGCAGCAGUGACACAGCCCCUCUCUUCCAAAUGGCUGGGGAUGGCAAGAACACAGAUGACAUCACCAUUCCCAUGCUCUUCCUCUUCAACAAGGAAGGGAACAUCAUCCUGGAUGCCAUCCGGGAGUAUGAGGCUGUGGAGGUGCUCCUUUCUGAUAAAGCAAAAGACAGAGCAACAAUCUUUAAAGGUAAAAUGAUUCCAAACUACAUUAUUGAUAGCAACUUGGAAAUGGAGAAUAUGGACCAGAAAUCAUCAGAAAGUGAUGCACACAAACCAAAUUCCGAGGAAGCUUCUUCAGACUCUCAGGAUGCUGGAGCAGUCGCUGAGGAGCCCGAAGGAGGAGGAGAGAGCUCUGCUGUUGGUGACCCUGAUCCUUUGUCUGCUGCCAGCACAGCCAGUGCCAGUGUUUCCAUGGCACAGGAGGAUCCCCACACCUCUGGAUCUGCAGAUGCCAGUGCUCCAGAGCCAGCAUGCACACCAGGGGACAGCCAGCCUCAGGAACAAAACACCCAGACAGAGGCCACUUCCAAAGCUCACUGGGAUAGCAAAGUCCAGCCUAUGGAAUCCAUAUUAGCAGACUGGAAUGAAGAUAUAGAAGCAUUUGAAAUGAUGGAAAAGGAUGAGCUAUGACUUGUAAUAAUAACUUAUUUGUUAAUAAACAAAUGGAGACCUCUUUGGGUAGAAGUGAGGCCCUGAUAUCCAAGAAAACAUAUUCAGUAUUGGGAUGAGCAGCCAGGUGUCACCUGGAAAACAACACAGAAUUCCAGCACAGGCUCUUUGUAUGUUUUAAUUUUUCCUGUUUAAAAAUGGGAACGUGCAAUCAAAGCAUUUGGGUGGCCCCGUGGCUGGUGCUGUGCCCCAGGUAGGGACGAGCCUGACUCCUGCCUUCCAGGCUCUGAGGGGGCUCUGGGAAGCAGCUGAGCAGGGUGGGGUGACACACCAUGGAAUGGUUCUUGAUGGGGCACCCACCAUCCCCAGCUGAAAGCCUUCCUUACAGCAGCAGGGGAAUUGUUUCCAGGUGUCUGCUUUUGUCUGACAUAUCACAGUGCUGCUCUUCACUCCUUGCACCCCUUGCCACGAGGAACCACAAGGGGACCUGGGGGUUCCCCUCCUGCUCGGCUUCCAGCUGCAGGAAUGUCCAAACCAAAGGCAGAGUGUGAGCAGGUCCUGUCAGGGAGGCUGGGCCAGCCAUGGGGCUGCUGGGGAGAGCUGUGGGAAGCACCCAGGGCAGGUGUUGAGUCCCAGGUGUUUCCCUUGGCCUCCCAGGUGGAAAAACUCCAGCCUGCCCCAAAAUCUGGAACAGUCUCUGAAAGGACACAGCUCCAUCAGCUGUAGCAAAACCUUUUUCUACAAGUUUGACUUCCAACAGCUUGACUCCAUGUUCUUUUUAUAUGCAACUUGUGUGUGUGGUGUUUCAGGCAGGGAGGCCAGGGCCAGUGAGGAAGAGCAACAAUUCUGGCUGUUGGGUGGAUAGUUCAGAGUCCAGGGGUGUUAUCCCAGGCUCUGGAGUUUGUUACAGGUACAAAUUUGUUACCCACAUUAUACUGAAGUAAAAAUGGGGAAGUUUAAACAACAUAGAGGCAUUUUGACUGUGUCCAAAGAAACUGCCAAAAACUAAUUAACUUGAUUUAUAUAAACUGCUUUUAGUGACAUGUGGUUCAAAAAAUGGUUUUAUAUUAAAGACAGAAUGAACACUGCCUAUAUGCUGCACCAGGCUAAAAAAUGCAGGUUUAUGUUCAUCUUUGCAAUGGAGUAAAUAAAGAGGAAGCCCCACUCUGGACUGCACCUUUGAUUUAGCUGGUGAAAUGACACGUGCUGAAUAUGCAACUGUUAAUUAGCACAGCCAUACUCUGUAUUUAUACUCUGUACAGUGAGCAGGGCAAUCCCAGGCAUGUUGGAUCCAUGUACUCAGCCACACUUGCUUUCAAAAGCCUCAGAAUGCACAGGCACCUUUUGAGAGCAUGGCAGUCCAUCUAAAUAUCAUCCAGAACUUUAAAUCACCAGGGUAGGAGGGAAUUUGAGGAGAAAUAGCGAAUAAGUGUCCUUUGAAAGAAAUUAGCUCUUAAAUGGAGUUGUCAUUCCUUUGCACAAGUAACUGUCUGGAGGCUUGGACUUGAAGCAGCUGGGGGUUUUCAGUUGGGAACGUUUUUAUUUAUGGGUUUUGUUACAUGAGUUCAUAGAAGGCAUUUGACCAUGGGAGCCUUGUAAGUGUCCUUGGUUCCCGGGAGUGCCAGGACACAGCCAAGUGCAGGAUCAAACCAUGAGGUGCAGAUCAAACGUUUCCACUCAGAGAAUUCCAUUGAUCUGUCAGUGCUCAGUGCCACAAAAGGAGCAUCUUUGUUCCCAUGCUUUCUGACAUGGACAUCAUCUUCCUUCUUAGUAGCUCUUUUGGUGGAAAUAGAGUUAUUUUUAUAUCCUAGAGGCCUCUGGUCAUUACUAUCUCAAAAUAGCAGCUAAAGGUUUUCUUUUUUUUUUACUUGCAGAUUUAGGUGUAGAUGUCAAAUGUUAUUAAAAGGUUAACUUUCCUUGCCAUCACCAGCUCAUUUUUAGUAACUGCUUUCUCCACCUGUUAUUAGAGCAGCAGGCAUUACCUUUCAGGGAUCCCAGAACUCCAUGUGGAUUUAGGGGGCAGCAUUUUGGUGGUGGCCUACCUCAGAUUACUGUUGCCUCCUUCCUUUUGAAGUGGUUUUUGUUUCAUUUAGUUCUGCUUCACCUUUGAAACCAUCACAAGAGCCAUAGCUUUGUUUACAGACCUGAAUCAGGCAAGGUUGACCUUUUGGGAAAGAGGAAUUAAAUUGGGGGGACAGUUUUAUUCAGGUUAUUUUCACUUUGUAUCUCCUUAUGAGGACAUAGGCUUUGGUUUAACCUGUUCAUAUCAUUCUGGAAAGAAUUCAGUUUUCUGUUACUAUAAUCUUAAAAAGCAAAAAGAAUGUAUUCAUCAAAAAGAAAAACCCUUUUGGAAAGGGGAGAGAGUGUUUUUCCCAAAUGUUUGGAAGUCUGCUCCCUGCAUAUGGAAUAUUGCUCAUCAUUAAUCAGGAAUCACCCUUAGUGUAUAGCAUUGUACAUUUCUUUGUAUGGUAUUGAAAACUGAAGAAUUCAGGAAUCACAGCUGCAACUAGCACUUAUUCCAUGCCAUGUAAUUCAGAUCAGCCAAUUAAUUUCUCAUUUGAUCUUAGAGGAAUCUUCUUAAUUGUUUACAUUUAUUGUUUCUUAAUGAAGUUUGAGAAUGAGCCCAGCUCUGGUUCUCCUCCUCCUGCCAGUGUCCCUGAGUAGGCACCAAUGAGUGUGUGUUGAGAGGUGAAAAACAGGACAUCUUAUGCAACAGGCAUCAGUCAGAACAUAGAAAACAAACCAUUCUGUGAAUGAAAAUUGUAUGUUGAGAUUUUAUAAGAUUUUUGGUUUGUUUUUUUUUUUAGCCAGACCAAUUUACAGCCGUAUAUUUUCUUAUGGAAGAUGUCUAAUAACAGGUGCUGUAACACUAUUGUUGGGUUUUACUCUCUGGUGAUAAAUGUACCCAAUAUUUCUAAGGGCAACUAUGUACUGUGAUGUAAAAGUCUGGGCUAAAAUGUACAUAAUCCGUGUACAUAAUUGUGUACUUGAUUAUAACUGCUGAUUGUAAAGAUUUAAUAAAAUGUAAAUAUUCUGGUCA